AUGUUUUGACUUAUGUAUUUUUAUGACAAUCGUACGCCGUAGUCCGUAGACUAAUUACAAACAUUGAAAUACAAUUUAUAAGACCCAAGUAAAAAUGUCCUCAGCAGUCCAAUCAUAUGGGGGAGAUGUUAAUUUUGAUAGAAGACUAAUAGAACGAAUAAUAUUAGAUUUAGCGGAGACUUUUGAGAUCAGGGUUGUGUUUGAACAUCAGACAGCGAUGCUAGCGGGAGCUUUCGCCCUAGCCGGAGGUCUGGUCGGAGGGUUCACAGGAGGGAAGAUGGGAGCAGCAGUGGGAGCGGGCAUCGGAGGAGCUGCGGGGCUCGGAGUCUCGAAAGCCAUAUCUUUAGAAGAUAUCUGGAACAAAGUUAAAGAUAAAUUAGAGGAACUUUUUUACAUUGUAGUGAACUUCUUACGACGCUUCGACUACACAGACUAUGAAAGAGCUUACUACAUAUUAAUGGCUUGCGCUACAAGCCGUAGGGAACUAGUAAUGACUAUUAUUGAGUUUAUUGCAGAUAAAUUGAAACGAGAAGUCCUCUCUAGCAUUCAACCCUAAGAAAUAUAAUCUACAAGCAUGCUCCGUCCUAGGUAAAAUUUGUGAUCUCAACAUAGGGUGCCUUACCAGAAACAUUAUGUAGUACUUGAUAAAUAAAAUGUAAAAAAUAUUAUAUGUAAGUUUUACACCAAAUUAUUUGUCAAUAAUGUUUUUUUUUCAUGAUAUUUGGUUUUUUUAUUCUGACAUCUGGUGUGCUAAUUAAAACACGACGUAUAUUGUAAGAUUAUAUAAAGUGUAUAUAUUUAUUUAU